AUGUCCUGCCAGCAGAACCAGAAGCAGUGCCCGCCCCCGCCCCAGUGCCCCCAGCAGUGCCAGCCGCCGCCCAAGUGCCCCCCGAAGUGUCCCCCGAAAUGCCCUCCCAAGUGCCCUCCUAACUCGGGAGGCUGCUGCGGUUCUAGCUCGGGGGGCUGCUGCGGUUCCAGCUCCGGGGGCGGCGGCUGCUGCCUGUCUCACCACCAUCACCGCCGGCCCCGUCUCUUCCAUCGCCGCCGGCACCAGAGCCCCGAGUGCUGCGACGACAAUUCCGGCUGCUGCUGAGUUUAUCUCUGGGCUCACACCACCAAUGCGCCCACUCCCAUCCUAGCCUGCCUCCCUCCCCCUAUCCUACGGGAAGGACUGGUCUGAGCCCCCACCACGUCCAGCCUGGAGUCUACCGGCCUCUCUCCACCUCCUUCUUUCUCCUUCCACCUCUCGUCCCCGGGGCCUCUGCGCCUUCUCUCCUGGAU